GUUACGCGACGCAAACGUCGCUGGUCGGUUUUAUGGAUAAAAGGAGAUCAGUACCGCGGGAUGCUUGGUGUACCGUGGAUGCAUUCAGGAUGAUGUCGCGGCUAGAUCGUCUCCUCGUCCUUCUCGCUCUUCUCUGCGUGGUCGGUGUCGCUCGUGCGAUUUACGACCCUAGAGAAGCCACAACAAAGCCACCGAAACGACGGGAACCAGUGCUUCCCUGGUACACGCCCGAAAAUGACGACAUCGAGUCGAGCGAGGAUCCAUCGCGUUCUCCAAAAUGGCAGACCGAUCCAGACAAUCCCGUACCUAGAAAACCGACCGUGGUGAACUCUGAGCAGAUGACCUGGAGUCCUUGGAGGACAAAUCCUGACAGCGGAAUCGAGCAAAGAACGGAAAUCACGGACGACAGUCAGUCCCACAUAAACUUCGACAAAGAUCGAGAUUACUCUUUGGAGUACAGUCAAUUCGAACAACAAGAAAAUCAGAGAUUUCCUCCGAAACCGGGUGGCUCGCCAGAUCUGAAACAGAAACCAAGUGACCAAACCAUUUACGAGGGGAUAUCUGCCGACAGCACGAAACCACGCAAGGAGAAGAUUCUUUUGUCGGAACCAAAGUCUACAGUCGCUCGAUACGACCCGAAAUUGGGCGUGCAGUGCCCAGACAUCGAUUCGACCGGUCAAUUCGUGUAUCCUCCGGAUUGCAAGUUCUUCGUCGACUGUUGGAAGGGCAGAGCAUUCGUUCAGGCAUGCGCCCCCGGUACGCUUUUCAAUCCGGUCACAUUGGAGUGCGAUUUUCCGCACAAAGUCAAGUGUUACGGCGGCGAGGUCGCCGAUUUUCCAUCGAACGAACGCUUGGACUCGCCAGGUAGACGCGAGCCAUUGUUAUCUGGUUCUCAAAAUUUCCUGAAACACGAACAACUACAAACACUGCGAUGCCCAGUGAAUGUGACGGGUAUGUUGGCGCAUCCGUCGGAUUGCUUGAAAUAUUUGCAAUGCAACAACGGCGAGACGUUUAUCAGGAAUUGUCCCCCUGGAACGGUAUUCAACCCAGCCGUCAGUGGCUGCGAUUUUCCCUUUAACGUGAUAGGCUGUGAAGUUGAUUCAGACGUCUUCAAGAAGAACAAACCAACACCAAUGGUCAAUCAUGAACGUCAACCAGAGAUCGUGGUUGAAUGUCCUCUCAAUUCGGGAUUGUUUCCACAUCCGAAUACGUGCAGGAAGUUUGUUCGAUGCGUGAGUGGAAUCUCUUACAUCGUGGAUUGCGGUCCUGGGAGAGGCUUCGAUCCGAGAAUGUCCGUCUGCAAUUUGAUUCCUAAUGUAGUUGCAUGCAGAGAAGAUCUCGACAAAGCAGAUACCUUCGAGAAGGUGAUUCAAACACCUGUCAAUAAUCAACGUCAAACAGAGGUCAAGGUUAAAUGCCCUUCCGGUUAUUCGGGAUUCUUACCACAUCCGUCGGAUUGCACGAAAUUUUUGCAAUGCGAAAGAGGCGGGACAUUUAUCAUGAACUGUGCCCCCGCAACGGUGUUCAACCCAGCCAUCAGAGUCUGCGAUUGGCCCUACAAAGUUAGAGGCUGCGAAGAUACUUUCAAGAAGACUCUGACACCACUGAUCAAUAAUGGAGAUCAAACACUGAACAAGGUUAAAUGUCCACCCGGUCAUUCGGGAAAAUUACCACAUCCGGAUACGUGCAGGAAGUUCCUUCGAUGCAUGAAUGGAGUCCCUUACGUCGAGGAUUGCGGUCCUGGGAAAGCCUUCGAUCCAAAGAUGUCCGUCUGCGAUUGGCUUCCAAACGUACUUGCUUGCAGAGGAGAAAAGCAAACAACAACCACGUCUAGACCAUGGACGGGUGGUCCUGUCAGCUCGAGACCCUGGUGGGAAUAUGUUCAAUAUAAUCGAACAUCGUACAAUUAUUCCACGCCUGGCUUCUCACCGCCAGGUCACUCUAAUCGACCCACAACGACGACUAAUCGUCCAGAAACGGACUGGAAUUCGCUUCGACCAACUUGGAGGCCAAAUUGGCAACCACCUGCUCAGGGUACCUACGAUAGUCCUGAUGAUCAAGACUCGAACAAUCAAUGGCCACCAAACAAUCAGGGCCCAAAUAAUAAUCAUCACCAUCAUCACCAUCAGCAUCAUCAUUCUCACGGAUCUAACACGAACACCGAAACUCAGCAGCCUGCUUCUCCGUACGAUCAUCCUCAGCCUGAAAGACCCGACCAAGGAAUUCCAGAAGGAACUUGGAGUCCUAGACCAAAUCAUCACCAUCGCGAAAAGCCUCAUUCUUCUCCCGAUUACACGGAAGACUACGACGACGCUGGCCAACAGACUCAAGAGGCUCCUUUUGAUCAGUCGAAGGACCGGAGAGGCGUUCCUGGUGGAUUCGAUCAUUCUUGGAAUCACAAUGGCGGAAACGAAGGGAACUCGCCAACGAAUCGAUGGCCAGGACAAGAGUUUGCACCCAACAGGCAAGAAUACGGCAGAAAUGGUCCUGGAUUUUCGCAAGGAGUCAACCAACACGCAGAGACUGUACGAAACGAAACAAGAUGGACACAACCUAUAGCGACAGGAAGCAGCUGGAGUCAGCAAGGUCCAACGCGACCGCAGGAUCGACCAUGGGAUCAAGAGGAACCACCGUUUCCAUCGUACUACGUGCCACUGGUGAAACCAAUCGAUCACACGAAAAAAGGGAACCUGCCAACGCCGAUUUCUGGCCAGGUGAUUCGACUUAGGGGUGGUUCCGGGCCCCACGACGGCUACGUCGAAGUCCAAGGAAAGAACCCCGGUUGGGGAGUCGUCUGCGACUCGAGAAACGGCUGGACUUUGAAAGAGGCUCACGUUGUAUGCAAACAACUCGGCUACUCCAGGGGCGCCGAAAUGGCCUGGCAGGGAAGAAACAAUCGCAACGGGGUCCCGACCUGGAUCGCGGCGAAUUUUGUCUCGUGCCAAGGCAACGAGACUAGAUUCCAAUCGUGCAAAUUCACCCACGAGCCAGAGUGUCGAAUAGAGAGGGACGCCAUUGGCGUUAGGUGCACGCUGAAUCGCGUGGCGCAUUGUCGCGAUGACGAGAUACCUUACGAAGGGCAAUGUUAUCAUCUGGCGGACCCUGACAGUAGUUCGAGCCACCCGGAAGCGUUGAAUUAUUGUUCGAAUAGACAGGCACGACUUCUCGAUAUCACCAGCCAGGCGGAGAAUGAUUUCGUCUCCGAAUGGGUGUCGCAGGCUCACCCGGAAGUCGGUUCGAUCAUGACUUCCGGCGUCGGUUUCACCACCAUGAGUCGCACGUUUUGGCUCUGGGAAGACUCGUCUCGCGCCAAGUUUAAAUUCACGAAAUGGUGGCCAGGUUGGAUGGAAGACAAGAAACAUUCCCCGAUCGUGGGUUCUCGUCCCCUUUGCGUCGUGAUGAAACGCAAAUUUCCGUGUCACGACAGGCCAGAUUCAAUUUGCGUCGCAGAUUAUUUCUUCUGGGACACCGAGGACUGUGCCACCUCCACGAAAGGUCACUCUUAUAUCUGCGAGAGACCUUACGAUGACAUUGGUUGCAUUUACGGAAAAGGAAGCCAAUACGCGGGAAACGCAAACGUAACAUCGUCGGGGAAACAGUGUCUCUCGUGGGCCGACGAAAAAGUGCGACAUCCGCUCAUAGUCAACGUGGUUAAUAGAGAGGUCAGGGAAAAAUUGAAGGCUCACAAUUACUGCAGAAAUCCGAAUCCGAGUAGAGAGAUCAGGCCAUGGUGUUUCACGGGUCCAGCUGGAGAACGGGAAUAUUGCGACAUUCCACCUUGCGGCAACACCGGCUCUCAGAAAUCACCAUUGCCGGGCCAGUGCAAACCUAAACACUUCGAAUGCUUACCAGGAGAGUGCAUUCCUUCGCCGUGGGUGUGCGACGGAGAGGAGGAUUGCACAAACGGAGCAGACGAAAGGGCCUGUACGUCGCACAUGGAUCUUUUCCAAAAACAGUCCAAGCAAAAAUUGGAAGGCUACGACGUUGAAAAGUGGUUGAACACACCGUUAAAAACGUGUGCUCUCAGGUGCAAGGAGGCUGAUUUUACGUGUCGAUCCUUUGCACACAAGGCGUCAGGAAACAUUUGUCUUUUGAGCGAUAGCAACGUAGGGUUGACAGGAUCGUUGAAACCCAAUCGAGAGUUUGAUUAUUACGAGAUGAGGGAGAGGAGUAUAAAUUGCGAGGGCAAGUUCGUUUGCAACAAUGGAAAAUGCAUAAACCAAACUCAAGUUUGCAACGGCAAGAACGACUGCAACGAUCGCAGCGACGAGAGUAUCUGCACCGUGGAAAAUUUGGAUUACGAAAUUCGGCUGGCCGGUUCGGAAAAUAAAUACGAAGGCAGAGUCGAAGUUAAAAUAUUGGGUGUUUGGGGACAAGUUUGCGACGAUGGUUUCGGAAUGAUCGAUGCAGGCGUAAUAUGCAAGGAACUGGGUUUCGUUCUUGGUGCUUUGGAAGUCAGACCAGGCGGAUUCUAUGGCAAUAUGGACCCAUCCACGAGAUUUAUGGUCGACCAAUUGAGAUGUCGGGGCAACGAGACUUCUCUGCGCGAAUGUGAUUUCGAGGGUUGGGGAGUCCACAAUUGCCAACCGGAAGAAGCAGUGGGUGUUAUUUGUAAGACUGCAGUCGAUAGCUGUCAAGAAGGUCAUUGGAAAUGCGACAAAAGUCCCACGUGCAUUCCAACUGCAUUUAUAUGCGACGAGGUCGUCGAUUGCCCCGAUGGCUCCGACGAAAGUUCUGAACAUUGCGACGCGCCUUUCGAGUUACGUUUAGCGAACGGAAGCUCGCCUCUCGAAGGAAGAGUCGAGGUUCGCCAUCAUGGCAUUUGGGGUACGGUCUGCGACGAUGAUUUUUCGAACGCAGCGGCUACGGUCAUUUGUAGAUCAUUGGGAUACGGUGGACGAGCUACUGUAAAAAAAGAUGGCGCUUUUGGGUCCGGAGAGGGGCCUAUUUGGCUCGACGAAGUUUUCUGUCACGGGAACGAAACUCAGCUAUAUCGAUGCGGGCAUAAUCACUGGGGCAAACAUAAUUGCAAUCACGACGAGGACGUGGGUGUGAUUUGUACACCUGGAGAUGUUACCGAUUCCGAGCUGAACUGGGAGUCCCUGCCGGAUUUGCCACAGACGGACAUCAACGAUAUACUUCCGGCCAAUUGCGGCAGGCGAUUCAAAGACUUCAACGACGACGAGGAUCUUAUAUUCGAAAAGGUGGUGCACGGUUCCGUUGCACCGAAAGGCACCUACCCAUGGCAGGCCAGCAUUCGUGUAAGAGGACACAGCAGAUCGAGUCACUGGUGCGGUGCUGUGGUCCUUUCGCCCCUGCACGUGCUCACUGCAGCCCACUGCUUGGAAGGAUAUAACAAAGGGACUUACUUCGUUCGAGCUGGCGAUUACAACACGGAGAUAGACGAGGGGACAGAAGCGGAGGCCAACAUCGAGGACUAUUACAUACACGAAGACUUCCGUAAAGGUCAUCGAAUGAACAAUGACAUUGCCCUCGUGCUGCUGAAAGGACGAGGGAUCUUCCUGGGCAAGGACAUCAUGCCAAUUUGCUUGCCACCCGAAAAUGCAGAGUACCCGGAGGGCCUUAACUGCACCAUCAGUGGAUUUGGCAGUAUCGAGACUGGAAAGUCAACUCAUUCUAAGGAUCUGAGAUACGGUUGGAUACCAUUGUUGGACCAGUCGGUGUGUCGCGCUGAGCACAUUUACGGCGGGGGUGCAAUCAGCGACGGAAUGGUCUGCGCGGGGUACCUCGAUGAGGGUAUUGACACCUGCGACGGUGAUUCUGGCGGGCCAUUGGCGUGCUAUCACAAUGGAGCUUUCACGUUAUACGGAAUUACGAGUUGGGGUCAACAUUGUGGCGAAGCUAAUAAGCCAGGUGUCUACGUUCGAGUAUCUUAUUAUCGUCGUUGGAUCGAGCAGAAGAUAAGAGAAUCUCUAGCCGGGAGAUAAAGAGUUUAAUUAAAAAUCCGUAAAACUUCAACACGUGUUUGUUCAGGCAAUACCGAAUAGGUAUAAUAACCUUAAAUAUGCGUCGAUACUUAAAUUGUUUACUUACUCCUAUGUUGAUCGAUUAGAUUUAUGCGUAAUAGGUUUAAAAUUAAAUUCGAUUUUCAUUAUUCUACACGUAAGUUAUUAAUUCCGUAGCAAAUGAUUUUCAUUAUUUUACAGAAUCAUUUAAAGAUGUAUAGUAGUAUAGAGGACUGUGUGCAAUAUAUUCCUGUGUUAUACCCCACUUACGCGUUGUCUUCUUCAAUUUGUAAUCGUCCUAGAAUCUAAAGAAUAAAAAUUAUUGGAAUGGAUAGUUUUACGAGUCUAAAGAACACUUCUUGGAGAAACGUCCAUUAAUCUGUAGUUUAUUUCGUAAGACAUCAUCGUUUCUACAAUAAUUGUAAUUGCUGUCUUGUCGCUGUUACAUGAUUGAGCCUAUUUAUGUACAAUAGUCCCAACAUAUUCGAUUGGAUAGAUCAAAACCACGGAAACAGAAACCUCGACGUUCAUACAAUAAAAUCGACGCACGAACAACGAAAUUGAAAAAGAAAAGGAAAUAGGUUCAGGUGACUUACGCUACGAGAUUGCAAAAAUCGUGUAACAUUAUGAAAUCGUUGUACGCAAUCUGUUCAGGCGGAUCGAUCGACAGCUGGACCGACCGUAAACAAUUUUUCUUUUUUUUUUUCCACUUUAUAUGCAACGUUGGCAGUUUUUCUGUUUUAUAAAACGAUUUAUCGCUCGUUUUGCGAAUUAUCUCCUACGGUACGUUUCCUUACGAAGGAAAAUAAUAAUAUUAUAUUCAUCUGUCAUAGAAACAUACAAAAAUUGCCGAGUUUCAUAAUU